UCUAACUUGUAAUGGUCACCAUACCAUUGCAUUUUAAUAUCAAUUCCUCCCCCGUGUUUUCGUUCAUACAGAUUCGUCAAGUUAAUAACAUCUUUCCUACCAACUUAGCAAUUUUUAAACCAAAAAAAUGUCAAAUUGGUCCAAAGAUUGAGAAAAUGACCAAAGGCCACGAUGUGAAUACAAACUAGUUUACGUUCUUCACAUCAUCCCCACACAUACAAAUAACUAGAUACUAAGUACUUCUUUUGUCUCUCUUUUGAAUUUCUUCUAGUAUUAUCAUCGCAUUAAAACCCAUUUACAUUUUGAAUCCAAGUUUAAUUCCAAAAUCUAUGAUAUAUAUGAUAUGAAAUGAAACAUCUACAAGUGUUAUCUUUUGUUAGAAGAUGGAGUUCAUGGGCUUUAUCUAUUAAAAAAGCCUCUUCAUCAUCACCAACAAAAGCUAUUCAUCUCUAUUCCAAAAUGCAUAGAAAUGGUGUUCCUUUUGACUCUUUCUGCAUUCUCUUCGCCUUAAAAUCUUCCACCAAUUUACAUAACUUGCCCAUCAUUCAUCACCUUCAUACACAUAUCAUCAAACUCGGUUUCAUAUCUCAGAUUCACGUGGCGAAUUGUCUUUUAAAUGGUUAUGUUCUUCUCUCUUUCAUUGAUGCAUGUGUACUGUUUGACGAAAUGCCACAGAAGAAUGCUGUCACGUGGAACACUAUGAUUUUGGGGUAUUCGAGAUCAGGGGAUAUGAAUAAAGCACGCGAGUUGUUUGAAGAAAUGCCGCAGAGAGAUGGUGUUUCAUGGUCUUCUGUGAUUUCGGGUUAUACUAAUGUUGGGAGUUAUAUGCAAAGUUUGUAUCUUUUUAGACGGAUGUUGUUUUUUGAAGGAACCAAGCCGGAUCAGGUGACUUGUGGUGCGGUUUUAUCGGGUUUAGCUCACAUGGGGUCUCGUGGAUUGUUAGGUGGAAAAUCAGUUCAUGGUUUUAUAGUGAGAAAUGGGUGGGAGUUGAAUGUUGAGAUAGGUGCUGCUUUGGUUAACAUGUAUGCUAAAGGUGGAGUUUUGAGAAAUGCUGCAAUGGUUUUUGAGUUGAUGGAUGAAAGAGAUGUCAUGUCUUGGACAGUGAUGAUUUGUGGAGCUGUGCGAUGUGGGUUUAAUAAAGAAGCAUUGGUUGUGUUUGAGAAGAUGCAAAUGGUUGGAAUAAAACCCAAUGAGCUGACUUUCACUGGGGUGCUCACUGCUUGUGCUCAUGGGGGGUUUCUUGAGGAGGGAAGAAGAUAUUUCAAGAUGAUUGAAGAAUGUGGUCUGGAACCAAGAGUUCAACAUUAUGCAUGUUUGGUUUAUUUGAUUGGGAAAAGUGGGAAACUAGAGGAAGCUUAUGAGAUUAUAAAAACAAUGAGAGUGGAACCAAAUGUUGUUGUCUUGGGUUCUUUCUUGUCAGCUUGUAAGGAGCACAAGCAAUUUGAGAUUUCUGAGAGGGUGAUUGAGCAGGUCCUGAGGAUGGCAAAUCCAGAAAAUGAUAGAGGGCUUUAUAACCUUAUUGCUGAUUUGUAUGUCAUUGGUGAGAAGUUGGAAGAGGCUGAAAGGUUGAAGAAAUUGAUGGUUAAUGAGCAUGUGAGACAAGCAAAGGGGUUAAAUUUUGACAGAAAUGUAUUUAGAUAAUCCUAUCAUAUAUUUGUAUUCUUUCAUUUACAAAUCAUGGUUCUUUUAUUGAUA